CGACAGAUUACGGCCAAUCAAUAUGCAGCCACGAGCUAUGAGUUUAAAUCAAUGGUGGGAACAAUAGCGGUGCCCCUCAUGAAUUAAACAAAAGCUGCCAUUCCAUAGCAACCCAUGACAAUCAAUUCAGCAAGCGCCUACGGAGCACAGUGACCCUGCAUAGGUACGCCACAACGUCUUGUACACGAUAUUUGAAACGUGGACGUCUCGAAACACACAACCUCACUGCGACCAUAGACCGGCGCUUCCAACGUAGUCGGUCACUGAUACUAUUCUCAAUAAGCUGGGCCUGCGUCUACUGGAUUGGAUGCCAUAGCUGUCUGCCAUAAUGGCUGACGAUACAACUGAAUAUACAGAAUCCAAUAUCUGGGAGUCUCCCGGAAAUGAUGAUGGCCCACCGACCUCUCGACCCAGAACUCCCAGAACUCCCAAAACCCCCAAAACGCCGACACAAGAGCGCCCAGAGCCCAUCGACCAUGAGGCCGCAUUGCGCAAAGAGCUUGAAGGUGUCCGGAGCAUAAACGAGUCCAUUGAGGGUGUCAUCUCAACAUUGGAACGUGCAGGGGGUAAUAUGAACACUGUAUUGAGCACAGUGAAUAAUGCUUCCGUUCUUCUCAACACCUGGACACGGAUACUAUCCCAAACCGAGCAUAACCAGCGACUAAUUCUAAACCCUGCAUGGAAAGGCGCAACAGAGGAUAUUGCUGAACAAGAGGCUGAAGCCAUUCAGAAACAGCAGGCUGCUGAGCGAAGAGCUGCCGAAGAGGAACAAAGGCGCGAGGAGUUGCGGCAGCGCCGGGAAGAAGAAGAGGAGAGACGAAGGCUGGCCGCAACUGCACCUGCACGAGGAACCAGAGGAACUAGAGGGCUCAGGGGUACCACGAGAGCACGAGGCCGAGCCGCCACCACGAGGAGUGUUAGCUCUAGCUAUACAUCCGAAAGCACUACGUCGAGCAUACCGAGCACUCGCGGUGCCUCAAACAUUGGUCGAGGAUUUGGUGCGCGCCGAGCGAGGGGGACUAGAUAAGCCAGAACAGGUUCAUCUCACGUUUUAAUGACAGAUACCCAAUAGAUAUUCUUAUUAUUACUUCUUCUUGAAAAAGUCACUCAUCUUUUUCAUGCCCUUGGUGUUGACUUUCUUGAGAUCCCGAACUCCCCUGCUCUCAAGCGAUUUCUUUUUCUUUUCCUCCUCCAUCUUUCUCUUCUUGACAAAAGCCUCGUCCUCUUCCUCGUCCAAACCACGCUUGCGAGAGUAGUCGAUAGAGUGAGCAGCCAUGGCUUCGGCGCGCAAUUUGCUAAGCUUAGCCAGGUACUCGUCCAGAGGCGAGAAGUCCACAAUAGUCUCCCUUUUCAGCAUGUCCUCUAGUUGAGCUGUAAGAGAUGGGGCAAUGUAGCCUGAGCAGAUGAAAUUAAAAGCAAUCCGUAAUCUCUGAAGAUUUAUUAUCUCAGGAGAUGCCUCAAUAGCACUGACAAUAUUUUCUGUGGUUGUCUCUGCAGUCAAAGAGGUGGCUGCGGUAGAGGUUUCAGAUACUUCUGUUUCUGUCGUUGCAGCAGUCGAUUGGGAAUCGGCAGAUUCCGAAUUAGAUGUCUGCGAUUCUGUCCUUGUUGUUGUAAUCUCUGUCGUUUCUCGCCUCUGUACGAGUAUAGGUGCUUCCAAAGCCUUCUUCACGAACUUCUCCUCCAUGCUUGGAGCAAGUCCGCCCUCGCGCAUUCUCUUUGCUUUGUCUAGGACGACCUUGACGAGUUUACUCUCAUUUAUUCGGAACAUGUUCUCAUCUCCUGCUUCAACAGUAUCGCAAACCUCGGCCAUUCGGCUCUCGAUGAGCUUCCGUGUCUUGUCGCAUCGCACGAUUUCAGAUAGAUGUGACGACCCUUGUGGUAGCUUGUCAAAGUAGUCGUCACUGGAAAGAAACAGCCGCUUUCCUUCUGAGCUCUUUGACUGGGUUUCCGUCAACGCUGGGAGGACCAGAAAUAGGGGGUCGAUUGAAGUCGCUAGAAAGAGAUCCUGGCCCAUGGAUACUCCAGUCUUCUUGACGCUAUCCGUAGAAGAGUCUGAUGAAGUCUCGAUCAGCCAGCUUCGAGGAGUCGUGUUUGGUAUCGCAACUUUGGUGAAUUCGUAUAUGCCUGUCUCUGGACACACGAGGUAUCUCGCUGGUCGACCAUGUCUAGGAUUGGGAAGAGUGACUAUGCGCGCUUCGGGGGUCGCUUUUGAGGGAAGUAUGAAGAUUUUCGAGGGGUUCUCUACCCGAGACGACAGACUGAACUUGGAUGAAGUAGAUUUAGGUUCUGAGGCUUUCGUAUCAGCUGCAGCAGCUUUGGUUGAUCUUGUCCUUGCCAUUGCAAGAUUGUAUGGAAAAUAAUUAAAAAGGAAUAUGAAUAUGCGCAAAGCUACUCGUUUAUAGAAUCCAAAGGAGAAAAUGUACCAAGACAGAUGCGUUGAUGCUCUCCAAAGACAAUUAUGUGGUCUGGUAGAAAAGCUAAAAGAAAUGAUACUCGUGCUACAGAC